AUGGAAAUUCGAGAGAAUACUAUUGAAGAUGCGAUACUCGUUCAUUCACAAAUUGACGAAUUUGGUCAAUACAAUGAUUUAACUGACUAUUUUUCUCAUCGUCUUCAUGGUAAACAACGUUUAAUUGUGGUUGCAUAUACGAAUGAAGCUAUACCUGUUGGCUAUUUGGUGUGUUACGAUCGGUACAAUGAUAAUGUAUCAUUUUAUAUAUGA